AGUCUGAUCCGAGGCAGCCGCACGAAAGGUUUGACAGAACGGGAGUCGCCAGGCAGCUGGCAUGGGUUGUGGCGGCAGCAGCCAUGCAACGCUUCCACUGGAUGUUGUCGUUACAUACCCUCACAAGGAUACCGUGGCAGAAAUGGUGAAGCCCCAGCAAAAUUCGUACGUGCCUCAAAACGAAACAACCAAUGUGUCCCAGGUGACGCAGCCCGUCGAGAAGGAGCCAGAGAAGGCGGAACCGGACGACGAGUCACCUCGUGCCUUAGACGAGACCCCCAUCGCCGCCGAGUGUCUUCACGCGUACGUGCAGCACGAGCGACGCAUCCACCAGCUGGAACGUCGGCGCACGCUGCAGUGCUACCAGAUCAAGCUCGACCAACUGCGCCAGCUCGAGCUGGCCGCCACGAACCUCGAGAACGAACGACAACGGCUGGGCGAGAAAAUGGCGGCGAUGAACAGCCUCUUCACCAACGACGAGGCCGUGACAGUGAGGAACGAGUUGCUGAGACAAAAGGAAGUCGACGGCGCGCUACAUCCGGAUCAAGAGGAGUACCUGGACAACGUGAACAGAAUGGAAGUCUGCAACAAUGAGCUUAAAGCGACGGAAAGGCAAAUUGAAGUCUUACGAAAAGAAGUUCGAGAGCUUUCAAACGACUGCGAAGAGCUUGCGCAACUGUACCAAGACAGAGACAACCUUUUAGACACCAUCAUCUCGAAGACUUCAGGAAGCGAGCUGGAAUGCCAACUUGCCCUGGACCUUGAGAAGCUCAACAUCUGCAAGCAGCAGGUUGACCUGACGCACUUUAAGUGGUCACAAGCGCUGCUCAUGGUGCGUCAGGCGUGUUCCCAGUUCUCCCGGGCGCUCAAAAAGUGGAAGGACCUCGACACUGUCCCGGAAAGCGACGAGAAACUGCGGUACUACUGUGCAGCUGAAACCAGAAACAACAUCAGUGCUGCCUUACAAAACUUGCAAGGUGCGCAACGUUACCUGAAAAAUAUUGAGUUCCCUUACUGCAACGCCGGCGAAAUAGAGACCGUCUACAAGGCCAUCACGUACAUCUUCACUGAUAUGAAAACGUCUGAGAGACGAGACCACGCCUUCAAUUGUUAUAAUAGCGCGUACAGAAGAGCAGGAGCUCUGAAGCAGUGGCUAGAAAUGGUGAUAAACAACAUAAUAUACCACGACCUCGGCAUUCUAGAAGAGCGCUGUCGAGAGAAAUCCGCGUUGCUGCGGAAGGAACGAAUACGACUCAUAAAGGACUCAGUCAAGAACACGACGGGCAAGGAAAUCAAGCUUGACGGCGCCGACUACAACUUGGACGCUGAUACGGACACACUUCAAGAUGACGACACUGCGCAGCUGUUUUACGCCGAGAGAGCGCUGAGCAGGAGCUCAAUCGUGACACCAGACACUGGCCGGACAACGCUUCCAACGCCGGUGCCAAUGUCCGAUCUCGCUCCCCUGCCUCCCACGGAAAAGAUAUUCGGUAAAGUGGCAGAGCUGCGUUACCAGCACAACGAGCAAAUGAAGGUGCUCAAGAGAGUACAAGAGCUCCGCCAGACAAGACUGAGCAAAGCGCUUCAGCGAAAGCUCGAAGCACGUCGCCACCGGAAAAGCACAACGUCGCACGCUCGAGAGGAAUGACGAAUGCUGAACCCUACUGUUGUAAAGUUGCUGGUGAAGUGCUUUACCAUUUCCAGUGUCACACCAACUGACCCAAGCUUCCAUCCUGGCCAACUUAUAACCAUUACUUUAGAGUUACUACAGCCUUCAAGCAACAACCAAUGGCAAUGACUGCUGGGAACACAUAAAUGUAGCUCAAACAUCCCUAAAAUCAAUUACACAUAUUACUUUUAAAAACAUUUUGCCACUGUUUCACGAUCACAACUACUGUAUAACUAGCUCAUGUCACCAACAACAUAUAUCUGGAGUUUGACAUACAACACUGCAAAAUGCUAUUGAACUACUGUUUAAACCUGGCUGCAUUUUGGCAUUCUCCAGCAUUGGGAAAUACCAAAAACUGGCAAAAAUGUCAUCAACGUUCUGAGUAUUGGGCAUAAGCCCAUAAGCCCGCCACUGUGAGAAGAAUGGACAAUUUGUGAACCAGCGCCUCAGCCAAACUGGCUGACAUCAAGAUAUGCGACUACGACUAAAUGAAAUGUCAGCACAGCCUGUAUAAUGCACUUUACACCUGCUUCUACGCACUAUUUUCUAUGCACGUGUAAAUACUACACAUGACAGCAUGAAAAUAAAUUAACUCGUGUUUUACGUGCCAAAAACUAUGGUCUGAUUAUGAGGCAUGCUGUAGUGGGAGACUCGAUUAAUUUUUACCACCUAGGGUUCUUUAACACGCACCUAAAUCUAAGUACACAGGUGUUUUUGCAUUCUGCCCCUAUUGGAAUGUGGCCACCGCAGCCAGGCUCGAACU